ACAAAGUGGAGUCACUUUUGUCAACUAAAACGGCUGUCAGCCAUGACACUUUGUUUCAAGAGGAAAAUUACCUAAGUCAGAGUAAACACAUCUGGCAAGGAGACAUAACUGUCCACGUGGUCAGCGCAGACACCUCUGGCAAGGAGACACACUUAAGAUACCUGCACAUGUGGUCAGAGUAGCCCUGUCUGCAGAGCAAGACCAACUGUAGAUAGGCUCCUGGGCAAAUUCCCAACUUGGCAUCGAGGAUGCCCCGAUAUUUAUCAAAAAGUCCCAGAAGGGUGGAGUACACACCACUUUCAACAUAUAACGGAGGCAAGUUCCAGACUGCUGCUGAGACAGCAAGCUCCACACACCAGAGUGCGGCUCCACGCCACGCUGAUCUCUUCUGGCAUUGGCCACCAGAGGCUGUGCCCUCCUGGACUGAGGACUUCACCUGCCCUGCUGCCCACCUGACUCCAGAGAUUCUUCCUUACAAGACGCUGACAACUCCCUUGCCCACCGUGCUCUCUCCUGGACCUGCAGAUGGAGACUCUGGGAUUCAGUAAUAGUGCAGUAUUCAGAAUGGAUGUCCUCUUUGUAGCCAUCCUUGCGGUGCCACUUAUCCUGGGACAAGAGUAUGAAGAUGAAGGAGGACUGGAAGAGGAUGAUUAUUAUCAGGUGAUCUAUUAUUACACAGUCACCCCCAAUUAUGAUGACUUUGGUGCAAAUUUCACUUUUGAUUACUCCAUAUUUGAGUCAGAGGAGAGGCUGAACAGGUUGGAUACAGAAGUAAUGAAAGCAGAAGAGACUACCAUUAGUCAUGAAACAGAACACACAGACCGCCAGAGGCCAAUAGUGAAACCAGUGACAAUGGAACCAAUGACAACGAAACCAGUGACAAUGAAACCAGUGACAACGAAACCACAGAGUCCAGAUAUGAACAAUGCUGUAUCCAGUCUGCAGAGUCCUGUUACCCUCCUCCUGUUCUGGGCCCUUCUUCAGGGGUGGAUGUAUUUCAUGUAGAAGGAAAGAGAAGGCUGCUAUGACUUGUUGGAUGGGGACUUGGGAAGAGGAAAUUGGAAG